AUGAAAUUAGGUUAAUUUUAAUCAUCAGAAACUACAUUUAAUACUUAAGAAUGUACAAAUGCUACAGAAAAAAUUGACAUAUCGCAAAAUUUAAAUUUUAGAGAUGUACAAAAUUUAUAUACAUGCGAUUAAUAAUCUGACAACUCUGUUGAAUUACUCAUACUUAGCAAUCAACAUCCAGAAAACGAAUGGAUAAAAAUAGAGCAAGAGAUUGUAGCAUAUUUAAAAUCAUUGGGUAUACGAAUGAAAACAGACCCUUUGGAAAAGCAAGAGAAGUUUUUUAAAAAACCCAAGAGAAGAGUGAAUAAAUCCAGUACAAUGACAUUCAAUACUCCAUUAAAUAAUGAAGAUAAUGAUAAUACGGAAUCAACACGGCAAACCAUUCAACAAAUGAGUAUAGAAAUGAAUUCGAUCAAAUAACGACGAACUCCAAACGCAACUCCUUAAAGUUCUCCUUUGAUCACUAAAAACCUGGAGUUAUAAGAACCCUUAAAAAAAUAAAGAAUGUCGAUAUUUUAGAAGAUGAAAGGCUAGUCAUAAGCAUUCUCUUCUGAUGAAGAGGAGAUUCAAGAAAAUAUGAAAAGAAAUUAAUAUCAAUUUGGCAAUGAAUAGUAUGAUGGAAAAAGCGAUUCGAGUGAAAAUAAUAUCGAGACAAACUAUUUCUAAAAUAUAUGUGAAUGA